AUGGGACACCGAAAUACUCAGUUCACUGGUCAUAUAACUGAUAUGGAAACCGAUCAACAAGGCCACGAUCCUGAACCUUGCAUCUUUGAUGGGAGUAUAGCGAACUUUCCUCAUCAUAGUUUUCACUCAAUGGUCCCCGCACCAGGAAACCAGGGUAAUUUCAACUUCCACCAUAUUCCAGAACGUCAUGACAGUACCUUGUUCUAUGGAAUGCCACAGUUAAAUGGUCCCCAGCGUCAGCAUCCAGCCCCGAAUCUCGAUUUAGCUAUCGCUGCACCAUCCGGCCAUUAUCAUCCAUAUAUGGCUCCCCCAUCUGGUAUUAGAGAUUUCCCUGUCCAAGUCAAUCAUGGGACACAUGAUCAGUUGGCACUUUCGCGGGUCGUUGGUAUACCUACAGACACCUACAGCAGUAGCAUAGCGUACAUGGACAGCAUGAGAGCGUCAUUGAAGAGGAAAAAUGCGGAGGGGGCUUCCGGUAGUUACCAUUAUCAUAAUGCUUCUGCAGGUCCUAGUUCUUCUGUUGCGGCUAGGGCUCCUAUGGUUGUGGAAUCUGAUAUUACCUUAAUAGACCCGACUUCUUUCCUUGUGCCUAAUUUUGGGAGUAAUGACCCGACAUUAGCUGUUGAAAGUGGCUCCCAGAGAAGUGCGAGGAACAGGCUCCGCAUGGUUGGACACGAGUCUACUGUGACACAUAAUGGUGGCCAUUUGAUUCAAGGCAACUUUGCUGCUCCGGCCGGAAAUCCUUGGUUGGACAUACGUUAUGGUGCAAACAACGGUGAUGUUGGCACUUUUACAUGGGCUCAUGCUCCUUUACACUACGCGCAUGUUCCUGAAAUGCUGGGUAGCGUGAGUAAUAGGAGCACCGGUGGCUUUCUUCCUCAAGGUGUUCAAGUCCCACCGCCUUCUAUGCAAGGCAUCCGAGGAUACAAUUUUAACCUCCCAUCACAAGUGGCUGCAUCUGCCCAUCAAAUCUCAAUGAUUAGUGCACCGAAUACCGGAAUCACUCAUAUCCAGGAUGCCAGGUCAUUUUUUGUGGCGCCCGUUCCACCACGGAGGGAAAUCAUGCUUGGUGCUAGUGCACGCCACCAAGCUCUUCCUCACAUGAGAGUUCUUCCAGAGGAUGAAGUCGCCAUACUAGGUAUCCACGAAGCAAGUGAUGCUCUUGAUCAUAUGCGCUUGGACAUAGAUCACAUGUCGUAUGAGGAGCUUCUUGCGUUGGGAGAGCAGAUCGGCAGUGUGGGCACCGGAGUAUCUGUGGAAUUCCUCGGAAAUCAUUUGAAGCUAAGAACAUUUUCUUCCGGCAUCAACCUUGAAGAAGCAGCAUGCCAGGAUCAACAAAUCAAUUUCUGUGUCAUAUGCCAGACGGAAUACGAGGAUGGGGAAGAAAUUGGAGGUGUGGACUGUGGACAUGAAUACCACAGAGAGUGCAUAAAAAAGUGGCUGCUCACGAAGAACACUUGCCCCGUCUGCAAAUCAACGGCCUUGAACCCGGAACGCUUACCCUAAUCACACCAAUUAUUUCAUAAGAAACAAAAACCGUUUCUCUUCGUGUAUCAUAUUUAUGUAUAUACCUCAUUCGCCAUCAUAAACUGUACAGACUCUUUGAUUUGUUUGUUCUCUUGUAAAAAUUGGAUGAAUGCCUGUGCCAUCACCUCUUUCGAACUCUCGAAUUGACCAUAAUGUGUUGGCAGUAUUUGAUGAUGACUCUUCUACUCUA